UGACGUACGGCUGGCCAGCUUCCUCACAUAAACAACAAUCUCACAUUCCUGUGAUCGUCUUCUUGAACCCGACACAUCUCCAACACCCUUCUUUGAUGCAUCAUAUCCUCCGAAUCUGUCCAAGUUGAUUCACCCUUGCCACGCCAACACGCGAUCACACUCACAUCCCCAUCACCCCCUCGUACAUCCCACCGAGACGGUCGCAUACAUCCAACCCUACAACUGCAAUAUGGAGGACGACAAUAGUGGCCGUGGUCUCGGUUCUGGGUCUCCCAGUGCUUCUGUCGGUCAAUUUUCCUUUGCCCCUGCUACUCGAACGACUGUCGUCACCACGACAACUACAACCACUACUACUUUCCCCCCCGUGCUCAUCAGGCCGCCCCGCGCAGCGCAAGAUCUUGAUCCUAAACUCUACCCACUGGCAUCUGCUCCUACACCAUUGUCACUGCGGAAUAUCAGAUUUGAACUAGAAGGAAGACCGGUUGUAUUCCAUGAACCUGAAGAUACCGCAGGCACAUUAAAUGAGUUGUAUGAGAAGAGUGACGCGCUCAAGGCUUCGAAUGGUCUAGUGCGUUCUGUGGCCUCGUUUACUUCGGAUGAUGCUCAACUACCAAGACGCCUUGCUCACAGGACCUCAACCCAGCCCUCGAAUCACCUGUCCAUCGCCAAACGCCGGCUUCCGGAAGCACAACAGGGUACCCUACGGCCGCGUCCCUCCCGAGUGCCGUCAGAGCCUUCGUUCCGUUCCGUUCGCUCACAUGGCUCUACGCCCGUCCACCCUACCGUGGCCGGCUUGGCCACUCCAGAGACAGAAAGCAAUCUCAAUAAUCCCAUGGAAGGCAUACUAUCCAGAAGGAGGGUUCACAGUGCGAGUAACCCUCGUAGGGAGACACUACUUAGAUCCCCAUUAUCCUCAGAAGUCGAUUCCCAGGGGGUCUCGCAGGCGGUGGGCGCAAGGAAAGAAUCUUUGCGUACUAAGACUGCUAUCCAAGAACACAACAGGCAAAUCGGCUGUCCUACAGAGACUACUUUCGAGAGGCCUGCGUUGGAAAGAACCGCGUCGGAUCCCAGACAAGACCAAGUAGAUAUUGCUGACACUCAGGAUUCCGGCUACGAUGCACCGGGUGACAAUUCUCAGAGUCUUCCGAUCGAGUCGGGCUCACAGCUUGCUUUCAUUGACAAUGUUGUCGCCCAAGACAUGUGCUUGCCCAGCCCAAGCUUGUCUCCAGUGGCGGCCCUGAAUGCCGGAAACGCCGAAUCCUCUUUUGAUUCCGCUGAAGACCAAGAGGACACAGACUCCAGCUUCGACAACAAUGAUUCUGGAUUCAUCGGUUCUUUGCGCAUGGGCGAUCCGAAGGGAGAUGCGUCGUAUGCCGCCAAAUCUGACGAGCUUGCGGGCCCAAUGAUGCAACGCCCCACUUCCAUGAUGGAUAUCCCCAAUGUGUUGGAUUUCUUUGACUCGGUACCCGACGGAAUGAAAACAUACAUGAUGUAUCAGCUUCUCAGGCGCUGUCCGAAGCCGACUUUGCAUUUUGUUGCGGACGUCGUCAACCCGGCUUUAAAAUGUGACUUCCUGGCUCUUCUUCCCCUUGAGCUCAGCCUCAACAUCGUGAAAUAUUUUGAUGUCCAGACCAUGUGCCGCGCAGCACAGGUGUCCAAGAAAUGGAGACAUAUUAUCAAUUCCGAUGAAAAGUCCUGGAAGGAACUUUUUGAUAAGGACGGUUAUGUUCUUCCAGAUGGAGAAUUAGACCGUGCAAUCAGGGAGGGCUGGGGAUGGCAAUUCCCGAACGGCAGUGAGGACUAUGAGAAGGACAUGUGUCUGUCCCCUUUCAUCAAGCCCGAUCUAGAAUCCUCUUCUGUUCCGGCCUUGCAGUCGUUUGGAGAGCCAAGUGACAGAACCUUGUCUGUGAGUCGCCGGCCAAAAAGAAAGGCUUGUACUCGCGUGUCUAGUCGUAAACUCUCGAAGCGGAAGAUCUCUUCUAGUGGUACUGAUCAUUCCGAAUCCUCUGACUGGAGGAAGGAGGUUUCUGCAUCCGAAGGACCGUAUGCAGCUGCGAACGCCGCAGCUGCGGCAGUCCCCUAUCCCGACAUUGGAUUACCGUCCCUCCGUGGACUACAUCUCUAUAAAUCGCUUUACCAGCGUCAUCAUUCCAUUCACAAGGCGUGGAUGAAGCCUAAUGUUAAGCCAAGGCACAUCGCCUUCCGUGCCCAUGACCGUCACGUCGUCACUUGCCUUCAAUUCGACACGGAUAAAGUUCUGACCGGAAGCGAUGACACGAAUAUCAACGUCUAUGACACUAAAACCGGUGAGCUAAGAGCGACUCUCGAGGGCCAUGAAGGCGGUGUAUGGGCACUCGAGUAUUAUGGCAACACCUUGGUUUCUGGAUCUACCGACAGGUCCGUCAGGGUCUGGGAUAUUGAGAAGGCCCGAUGCACCCAGAUAUUUCACGGUCACACCUCAACAGUGCGCUGCCUGCAGAUCGUUUUACCGACAGAAGUGGGAAGACAGGCCGAUGGUACUCCCGAGAUGAUGCCAAAGGAACCACUGAUCAUCACGGGCUCUCGCGACUCAAACCUUCGAGUGUGGAAGCUUCCUAAGCCAGGUGAUCCAGGUUAUUACCAGAGCGGACCCAAUACCGAUGAUACAGAUUGCCCCUACUUUGUCCGUGUUCUCGCCGGUCAUCAGCACUCUGUCAGGGCUAUUGCGGCGCAUGGCGACACAUUAGUGAGUGGAAGCUAUGACUGCACGGUACGGGUUUGGAAAAUAUCCACUGGAGAGACCGUACAUCGGCUUCAAGGUCAUACCCUGAAGGUGUAUAGCGUUGUCCUCGAUCACAAGAGGAAUCGUUGUAUCAGUGGUUCCAUGGAUAACAUGGUCAAAAUCUGGUCGUUAGAAACCGGUUCUAUUCUUUAUAACCUUGAAGGGCACACCUCCCUCGUUGGCCUUCUCGACCUCAAAUGUGACCGUCUAGUCUCGGCGGCUGCGGAUUCUACACUGAGAAUCUGGGAUCCUGAAAAUGGCCAGUGCAAGAACAUGCUGAGUGCCCACACCGGCGCUAUCACCUGUUUCCAACAUGAUGGCCAGAAGGUCAUAUCAGGCUCGGAUCGUACCCUGAAGAUGUGGGAUGUACGAACAGGAGAGUGCGUCAGAGAUCUUCUCACCGACCUCAGUGGUGUUUGGCAGGUCAAGUUCAAUGACCGGAGAUGCGUUGCUGCCGUGCAGCGUGAUAGUUUAACCUACAUUGAGGUAAGUUCGGCUCGUUUCGUUGGGUUUAUAUUUCCACCGCCCGCUAACUAUGUCUAGGUCCUUGACUUUGGCGCUUCACGCGAUGGAGUACCAAGCGAGCAAUUAGGAAGACGCAUAGUCGUCAAUAGAUGGGGUCAGGAAGUCAGUGAUACUGACGAGGAUUACGACCUUUCGGACGCCUGAUGCUCUUUACCUUUCGCCUCCCUUCUCUACACCU